AUGGACGGCGGCAGCGACUCUCAGCCGGUGACGGCGAAACUCCGCGCUUCUCGUCGACGCCCGCCACGUGCUUCACGUGCCUGCGAGACUUGUCGAGUGCGCAAGACCAAGUUAUCAAGAUUGUUCAUUGACUCCCUGGCGCUUUUCAUGGUAGUGCGACCAAGCUCAGCCGUGUUCCUAUUGUGCUUUUCAUUCUUAGACCAUUCGCUUGAUUGCUUCUAUCGCGCUGCAGGUCCGAAUGAGGCCUCAACAGCCGCAAAGAGACAGGCGCAAAUCCGAGAGGCUCAAAAAUCAAAGACCCGGCCAUCACCAUGGCCAGAUAGUGACUCUCCGGAUCACUAUACCCCCCGGGUUGCGCGAAGUAUUGGCAAUAUCAAUGCUAGCUCACCUACUGUUUUCACUCCCAAACGUGAUGAUGACAGCAUUGUUGCUGCCACACCUGAGCUGUGCGACUCAGCAUCCCGAGACGGUUUGAGUGGUGUCAACCUUCACACCAAUGGCACGGAAUUCUAUGGCAAUUCCUCGAACCUUGCGUUUCUGGGAAAUCUCUAUGCUCGGGCUCGUAAUCAAGCAGAGAACAAACCGUUGACAAUUCCUGAUAACGAGCCGUCGUACCCAUCUAACGGUGGAACUAAUGCGGUGGUCAAUUCGUUAUCCGACAAAACAGCCGCGGACCAGUUGACACCCAACUCUCCAGCCGACAAGCAGUCUGAAAGUUCACAGACGAAUAAGGCGCAACUUUCGAUAGUGAACCUUCUGUAUAAUCCGAAAUAUCCUAGUCACUCCCCACCGCAGAUUAGCGGCGGAGCCGAAGAUGAUAGACAAGGGAGGAAAGAAAAUGCCGAGGGGACCAGAGCUAAUGCUCAAAGCUUCGUGGGCAAGUUGAAAGCUCCCGUGUCCAUUCAAUGA